UAGGUCAGAGUAAAGUGAACACAACAAAUCACAAAUGAAAAGAGCAGAAGGAGAAAGGGUGCUGUUGGAGGAGUUCUCAGCUGGGUAUUACGGUCUCUGUACCGCUGGAGGAAUGCUCAGCGCUGGCAUUACUCAUCUCGCCAUUACUCCUCUCGAUGUCUUGAAGGUUAACAUGCAGGUGAACCCUCUCAAAUACCAUGGCAUUUCAUCGGGGCUUAUAACUAUAUGGAGAGAGGAAGGUCAUUCUGCUCUUUGGAGAGGCUGGUCAGGGAAACUAUUCGGAUAUGGAGUUCAAGGAGGAUUUAAGUUUGGUCUUUAUGAAUACUUUAAAAGAUUCUAUACUGAAUUGUUGGUUGAUCAACAAAGGAGUGUUAUAUUCUUCCUCAGCAGUGCAUCAGCUCAAAUAUUUGCUGAUGUGGCGCUCUGUCCCUUUGAAGCUGUCAAAGUUCAGGUCCAGACUCAGCCUCAUUUUGCCAGGGGAUUAACUGAUGGAUUUCGCAAGAUGUACAUGAAUGAAGGCCUUUCAGGCUUUUACAAGGGACUCUUUCCACUUUGGGGGCGUAAUCUUCCAUUUUCUAUGAUCAUGUUUUCGACAUUUGAGCACUCGGUAGAUCUGAUGUAUCGGAAGGUCAUACAGAAACGGAAGGAAGAUUGCUCAAGAGCCCAGCAACUUGGUGUGACAUGCUUAUCAGGCUAUGCUGCUGGAUCUGUUGGUACUGUAAUAUCUAAUCCCGCAGACAAUAUUGUAUCAUCUCUUUACAACAAAAAGGCUGAGACAAUAAGACAGGCUAUAAAGGAGAUUGGAUUUUUUAAUUUGUUUACCAGAAGUCUUCCUGUUCGACUCACACUUGUGGGGCCUGUUGUGACUCUGCAAUGGUUUCUCUAUGAUACAAUUAAAGUGUUAACUGGACUGCCGACAAGUGGGGGGCUUGCUCGACAUCAGAAGGAUCUGAACUUACUCCGACAAUAAACAACAGCUCCCUUAAGUCUUGUUUUGAAGAAACAUCAAUUUCAGUCAUUGUGAACUGUGGCCUCAAUCACCUUCCUCGGCGUGAUCAGUAGUCUCAGUUAGGUCUCCUUGUUUUAUGAUCUACUUAUCUGCAGUUCAUCUCCAUGGAACUUAUUUCCAUUUGUGAGGCAAUCUGAUCCCGUCUGGUGUGACUUGUGAAUGAAGCAAUAUUACUUACAAGAGAAAAUAGAAGAGGAUGACUUUGCAACUCCCACAUCAUCUUGUAC